AUGUACCAGGAAAAGGAGGAUGUCCAAUCGAAGAUCGAUAAAAAUAAGUUCGAAACGUCGAUCAGUGAGUUGAAGAAGAAAUCUUUUGUUACUGCGGCUGAUUUGGAGAGUUUUGCAGACAAUGACCUCACGCCAGAAUACCUUAAUGCCUAUAGACGGUCUCUGGAAAACCCAGAGGCAUUUUGGGGCGAAGUCGGCAAAGAAUUGGAGUGGACACGACCCUGGGAUAGAGUACUCGAUGAAAGCAACCCACCUUUCACUAAAUGGUUCGUCGGCGGCGAAAUGUCCGUAUGCUACAACGCGGUAGACCGCCACGUCGCCCACGGGCGUGGUGAACAAGUGGCUUUGAUACACGACUCACCCCUAACGGAUACUGUCAAAAGAAUCACGUACUUGGAGCUCCAAGAUCAGGUAUCGCGCUUGGCCGGUAAAUUGUCUUCACUAGGAGUGACACGUGGUUCUCGCGUCGUUAUUUACAUGCCACUUAUCCCAGAAGCUGUUAUCGCGAUGCUGGCCACUAACAGGAUUGGCGCCAUACAUUCUGUUGUUUUUGGAGGUUUCGCGGCUAGAGAACUGCGAACCCGAAUAGAACACGCCGAACCUACAGUGAUCAUUGCUGCCAGCUGUGGAGUCGAACCGAACAAAAUUGUCCGGUAUAAAGAUAUAUUAGAUGAAGCGCUCUGCCAAAGCUCCCACCAGCCUCACAACUGUAUCAUUUUUCAACGGCGUCGCGUUCUGGAGUGUCCUUUAGAGAAGAACCGGGACAUCUGUUGGGAUGUCGCCAUGAAGAGCGAUCCUGUACCCUGCGUGUCAUUGGAAGCUAAUGAACCUCUAUACAUAUUGUAUACGUCAGGUACAACAGAUUCCCCUAAGGGGCUCCAACGACCCUGCGGCCACGCUGCCACAGUCUGUUGGUCAAUGCAUUCCAUUUACGGCCUAAAACGAGGAGUGUGGUGGGCGGCAUCGGAUUUGGGCUGGGUUGUUGGACAUUCCUAUAUAUGUUACGGUCCAUUAUUAGCUGGACUAACAUCUGUUCUAUAUGAAGGGAAACCAGAUAGGACGCCUGAUCCGGGCCAGUACUUUAGGAUAAUUGAACAACACAGAGUUAAUGCUCUCUUCACGAUUCCAACGGUAUGCAGGGUGUUGAAGCGGGCUGAUUCGAAUGGUAAAUACGCGAGACGAUAUUGCAUUAAGACGUUGAAGACUGUCUUCGUUGCUGGAGAGCAUUGUGACCAGGAUACUAGGCAUUGGGCAGAGCGCACGUUCGGCGUACCAGUACUUAACCACUGGUGGCAAUCAGAGUCCGGUUCUCCGAUAACAGCAGCUUGUCUUGGGUUUGGAGUGAAGGGUAUCAGGCCACAUUCAGCAGGGUACCCGGUUCCGGGGUAUGAUUUAAGAGUUUUAAAAGAAGACGGCUCGGAAUGUCAAUCAGGAGAAGUCGGGAGAUUAGUGUCUAAACUACCACUGCCUCCUGGUUUUUCUUCAACCUUGUGGAACGCUGAUGACAGAUUUAAGAAAGUCUACUUCGAAAACUAUCCCGGUUUCUAUGACACACAAGACGUCGGAUGGAUUAGCGCAGAAGGUGCCGUGUGGGUAGUCGCAAGAGCUGACGACGUCAUCAAUGUCGCCGGGCACCGCCUCUCGACAGCGGCUAUUGAAGAUGUCGUGUUGAAACACGCUAGAGUCGCCGACGCUAUGGUAGUGGGCGCGCCGGAUCCUACAAAAGGGGAUGUGCCCUUAUGUCUGUAUGUAAUGCGGCCUCCUCAGGAUGACGAAGAAAUGAUAUCCGAAGAAACCGUAACUCAAGAACUGAUCGCCCUCGUCCGUCAUUUGAUUGGACCGAUAGCUGCAUUCAGAAAAGCUGUAGCCGUACCAGCUCUACCACGCACAAGAUCUGGUAAAGCGCUCCGAGGCGCUGUCGCUAAACUGGCUAGGUCCCUACAUAUUAAACUACCCGCAACUAUCGAAGACGCAUCCGUAUUUCCUGAAAUUAAACUCGCUUUACAAAAAUGCGGGUAUGCUAUAGACGCACCGGAUCCAGAAACGAAUUGA